GUUGGUAUUUUAGUGAAAACUCCCCAAGGCCCUAGAGAGGCACUUAAAAACAAACCAAAGGGGAAGGGGGCUAGGAAUAAUAAUACAAAAGAAAAGAGAUUUGUGUAGGCAAAGGAAGGAAGGCCGAGAGUGAAGAGUCACUGAACUGGGGAAGUGGGAACCCCACAGCCACUCUGGAAAAAAACAUUACUGGUACGUUUUUCUCUUUUACUCCCCAAUUAACUCUUUUUCUUUUGGGAUUUUGAAGACGAGGGUCUGCAUCUGUUCAAAACUUGAAUUUUAGUCCUCCCCCUGUGUCCGAAAUGUCCACACGCUCAAAUAUCUGCCAUUAAGAAAGAGAGAGAAAGCGCGGGCUCCAAACUAGCUAGUAGCUUCAAAGCGCUACAAUCAAUCUUUUCCCGCCAAAAUCUUGAAUUCCAAGCAUGACCCAGAUGGAUAAUCGGGUUUGAAUUCGAAAUCAAUGGCAGGGUGGCCGAUGCUCGCUGAUGAUGGGUCUGCUUUAGAUUGCGCGAAAUCUCCACACAAGAAGCUCAAGCCGGAACCGGCUUCGAAAGGGUCCGAUAAGGCCUCGGAAGCUCUCGUCGAAGGCGAAGGAGUGCUCGAUAAGCUCCGAUUCGAGUCCGAAGAGUUUCUUCUGGGUUUCGGCGAGGAGAUCUGCGCUCAAGAGCCUUUUCGGCCUCUACCUCCAAUGCUUGGAGAUGGGCAACGAUUGGAUUUGCUUAAGCUUUUCUUGGUUGUGAGACAGAAAGGUGGGUACCACGCCGUUUCGGAGAACGGGUUGUGGAAUUCUGUGGCCAAGGAGUCCGGGUUGCUGAGUUCGAAUCUCGCUUCGCCGGUGAAAUUGGUUUACGUCAAGUAUUUGAAUAUCUUAGAGAGAUGGUUGAAGAGGGUUGUUGAGAAUGAGGGCUCUGAAUGCGGUUUGAGUAACAGCGGUGUUGAUUUUGUUGGGUGUUUAAUGGAGUUGCAGGCUGAGCUUAAAGCUCUUUUAGCAAAGGUUCCUGAUCAGAAGAUGAAGGACGAGGAGUACCCGCAUUUGGAACUAGCGACUGAGGAGGUGGAGUCGGAUGGGGGCCAAAAGAGUUUUGGUGACGAGGGAUUAUCGGGUGUGGAUUCAGUAGACAAAAUUUAUGAUACUAUAAAAUUGUGCAAUGAAAAUGAAGGAGAGAUGACGGCGUUGGAUGGGGAUGUGAAUGGUGUUGUUUGUGAUGAGAAAAAGGCGUGUUUGGAUUCAAGUGAGGGCUCAAAUGGUGGAAAAUUGCAUGAAUAUGAUGAGGUAAAGAGUGCAGCGGUGGAGUUGGAUGGUGGCAAGAAUUGUGAUGACGAAGAUGUAGUGAUUUUGGAUCCAGCCGAUAUUGAGGAUCGUUUUUAUGGUAAGAGGAAGCGGGAGUCUCUUUGUGGAAUGCAGAACUGGGUUACUGGGGUGGCUGUGAAUCCUUGCGAUCCUGCAGUUGGUUCUUUGCCGGAAUGGUCUAAGUGGAAGUCUUAUGGGAAGGGGGAGAUGUGGAAGCAGGUUCUGUUGGCUCGGGAGGCCAUCUUUCUAAAGAGACAAGUUGAUUCAAGUGCCGAGCAAUGGCAGAAAACUCAGAAGAUGCAUCCAUGCAUGUAUGAUGAUCAACUUGGCUCAAGUUACAAUCUUAGAGAGAGAUUAAGAUGUGGCAAGAAUCUUCUUGAUGAGAAAAUGAUGUCUCAGGCAGGAGCUUGUUCAGAGUCAUCCUCAGCCACUCAAGGUGACUUGGAUAAAAUUCCUUUUGCAGGAGGGAUGAAAGAUGAAGCCAUCAAUCAGUUGCUUGGAACCGCUGAUUCAUCUACAGCAGAUUCAGUACUUGACAAAUACCCACCAAGCCGCAUUCCAUGGGGGCCACGUUUUGAAGCUGAAGUGCCAGAAUGGACUGGUGUGGCUUCUGAAAGUGACCCUAAGUGGUUGGGGACCCGGGUUUGGCCAUUGGAAAAUGUAGAGCGUAGAUCUCUCAUUGAAAGGGAUCCCAUUGGUAAGGGAAGACAAGAUUCAUGUGGCUGCGAAGUGCGUGGUUCUAUUGAAUGUGCCAGGUUUCACAUUGCUGAGAAAAGGUUGAGAGUGAAGCUGGAAUUAGGCCGAGCUUUCUAUCAAUGGAAAUUCGAUAAGAUGGGCGAGGAAGUUAGGGUUUCUUGGACAGAGGAAGAAGAAAAGAAAUUUAAAGCUAUAUUGUUGUCAAAUCCUCAAUCUCUUCAGAAGUGUUUCUGGGAUCAAAUUUUCAAGUUCUCUCCUACAAAGAGCAGUGCAGAUUUGGUGAGCUACUACUUCAAUGUCUUUCUUCUGCAGCGCAGAGGAUGCCAGAAUAGAUUGACUCCAAAUAACAUUGACAGUGACGAUGAUGAAUCAGGAUCUGGAUUAGUGACCAAUGGUAUUGGGCAUGAAGCAGACAAAUCACCAAGCUCCAUCUUCUAUUCCCCGAAGAAGCCACAUACAAAUUUUAGAUAGCAUCUUAGUGUGAAGGUAAAAGUCUGCCAGUUUUGGUUCUACAGUGGAGUUUAUCAAAUAUAGACGGCCUUUUUUUCUGGUGUACCAAUGAAGAAUCAAUACAACCUUUGAGAAGUGUAUGAAGGCUUUAAAGAUUGUCAUUAUGGAGAAAUUUUUGAAGGAAACGUUAAUGUCAUAUAUGGUGGUUGAUGUUGCCCACUGUAGAGGCUCAAGACAGCUUUGGUGCUGUUGAAGUGCUUUUUGGUUCGUGUGGUUUUGGUUUUUGAGAGCCCUUUUUUGUCUAUUCUUCAUGAUUACCUACAAAAAUUACAGGUACUUUUCACACUUCUAGACCUUUUUUCCACCACGUUUUUGACAGCAAAGCUGACUUAAAAUAGAAGCCUUAGGAAUAUAGGGAAACGGAUUAGAAACAAGUUGUACUGGAAUUUAAAUUGUAUUCUCUCAUCUAUCAGGUUUCUUACAUGCUCUGGUAAUUGGUUUUUCCCGUGCAAAUCCAUUUUGGUUUCUCAA